AUGUUCGGCCGUUUCGCGGGCGCGCGAACGGGUGAUUCGUCAAGCGCGACAUCGGAGCGCUCUGAGGCGACGUUGACGCCGCAGCGUACUUCAGGAACGUCGCCGAGGGGCGAUGAAUCGGUCGGGGCGUUAAUCGCUCGGUGCUCAAACAUUCUCGUCGACGCGCUCGGCGAGGACGCUGACGGCUUGGCGUUCUCAAAGGUGAACGAGGGACGACGGUUGAUUGAGCGCGUGCGAGAAUUGGCGCUCAGCGGAGAGGUGGAGGCGCGAGAAGCUUUGGAUUCUUUGGAGGAGCUCGCGAACGAAGCGGUGGAACGGUUAUCGCGAGGCGCUUUUGCGGACGCAAUGGUGACGCCCACGGGGCGGAGAGAGGAGUCCGAGGCGACGAUGACGUCGAAGAGUGGUGGUUUAGAUUUGUUUAGUGGAUUGACGCUGAACGACAGCGCACCGAGGGCAGAAAUGGAGGCUAGGAAUCUGACGCUCGGUUCGAUGACUCUGAUUUCGCCCCACGUCUUGUUUGGAGGCGAUGAGUCGACGCCGGAUAGCUCGUGGCGACCAGACGUUGCCGGUGACGUGUUCGGUGACGGGAAAGAGAAUGUCGCUGAUAUUGAGUUUGACAGGUUGUUUCAGGGAGCUUCUGAGGCGAUGGAGUCGCCACCGGUAUUCGACGAAGUCAUCGAUGAAGGCACAUUUGAGUUUGCAGUUGCGAUGCAAGCCGAACCAGAUUUGACUCCGUCUGCGGUCGAUUUAGCCCAAGACAGAGACGCAGACGAACUUACUAGGCUUUUGAAGGCGAGUGAUGUGCGGCUGAAGCCCGCGAAGCUCGCAUACGACUCCGCACUAGCACGUGGCUCAGCGGCGACUUCGAGGCGAAAGCACUGCGCGGACGAAGCGUUCGAAUUGUUGGGGAAGAUAGAGGAUUUGAAGCGGACACAGGAGGUUGCCGUUGCAAAUGAUGAUUAUGAACAGGCGCAGCGCCUCGAGGAGACGAUCGAGGGCGCUAGAACUUCCUUCAAGGAGAUAGAAGAAAAACUCUUUGCCGCCGAGCAAGAAUGUGCCUCGACAAUUGACGAAGCCGCUGCGGCCUUAAAAACGUGGCUCGCGGCGAGUCGAUCGACAAUUGAUGAAGUCGCGUCUUUUGCAGACUCGAAGCGCCUUGAAUUGGACAAGAAGACGUCAGCGCGUGAUCGUGAGGCGCGUGACGCUGCGGAGCAGAGAGUCGCUCGAAGGGCAGCAUUGGAGGUGAGUGUAUUGUCCUCAAGCGAAACCAUGAGUGCCUUGAAGAGCAAAGCCGAAGAGCUCGCGCGAGUCAAAGAAUCACUGUUGCCUCCGACUCAGGCAUUGAGGGAUGAAAUUGAAUCUAUGCGCGCGGCGCUCGCGCAAAAAGAGGCCGAGCUUGAGACAAAGGAAGCCGAGCUUGCGGCGAAGAGCGCCGAAUGGGAAGAUUUGUCGAAGCAAAUUGAGCGAGCGUUCACGACGGUGGACGCGGCGCGUACCGAACUGGAGCGAUGGGAUGAGGAGGAUACGAACGAGGACACUGUCGAGGCGCGCGCGAAGGAUGCGCACGAGCUCGCUCUCGAGAAGGUAUUGGUCGAGACUGAAGCCAAGAUGACGCACCUUCGCGACAAUGUUGCAGCAAUGUCGCAAAAGCUCCUCAAUUGCGAGCAAGCGCUGGACAGCAUGUACAUCGAGCGUGAGACCGUCGCUCGCGAGCGAGCUGCACAAGCCGCUCUCGAUCUGCAGCGCGUAAAGGAUGAGGUUCGCAGCGCGGAAGCCGCCAGCGAGAGAGAGGCUGCGCUCACAGCGCGCAUCUCUGAGCUCGAGCGCGCCAAGUCACUUGCUGUGGUGGAGAAGCGCUUCCUUGACGCACAAUGCGCGUCGACGGAGAUGAAAACCAUACAAAACGAGAUCGAUGUAUCGCGUUCAUCCUCCGGCGUCGACCCAUCCGCGCUCGAACGCGCCGAGGCGCUCGCCGUCGAGACCGCUCGAGUCGCUCGAGCCGCUCGACUCACAAGGCUUCGUGCCGAGUGCGACGCCUCUACCGACGACACCGACCCUAGAGCGAUCGCCGCCAGGCGUGCGAUUGAGCUUCUACUCCGCGGUCGUGAAGAUGGCGACGACAAAGACGAAUCAAACUAUGCACGACGCUCUGAAUCCGACGACUCAUGA